AUGGCUAAGCUGCAUCAGGUUAAUGUUCUUAUGAUGGGUGCUGCGAAUAUCCUGUGGGUGCCGUUAGCCAAUACGUUUGGGCGACGACCCGUCAAUCUAUUCAACAUUCUCCUUCUGCUGCUCUGCUGCGUAUGGGCCGCACGCGCUACAUCAUUUGGAAGUCUUCUUGCUGCACGCUUCUUCAUGGGAGUUGGCGUCGCUCCAGCUGACACGACUCCAAUGCUAAAGGUACUACUAGUUGCACCAAACGUUGUAGGUGAAAUCUAUUUUGCGCAUCAGAGAGGAAAGGCAAUGGGGUUUUAUACGGUCUUCAUCUGCAUAGGCCCCGUCCUGGGCGGUAUCGCCGGUGGUUACAUAGGGGGAAAUCUGGGUCUGGCAUGGAUCCAUUGGGUUAAUGUGAUUCUGUGCGGUAUUCUGCUCGUCGCCUGUUUCUUUCUCGUCCCGGAGACGCUUUACGCUCGUGAGACCAUAGCUCGACCCAUAGACCCUUCGUUAGACGAAGAUGGGAAAGGUGAGGACGGAACAAACGCCGUCAAAAUUGAAGAUAUUGCACAGAAUCGUCGUGUCUAUUUGGAGCUUACAUUCAUCCGCUCACUCAAGCUUUACACCUACCACGGAAACCUUCUUCAGAACUUCAUUGCGCCUUGGUUGACACUGCGUCUUCCCGGGGUAUGGCUAGUGAUGUUCUGGUAUGCAGGACUGGUCGGUGGGAUUGUGACAAUCUCGACAGUAGGCCCAACGCUCGCUGCCAAGCCGCCAUAUCUAUGGGGCAACAAUGCUGGCCUCAUCUUGGUUGGCGGUAUUGUGGGAGCAUUGCUCGGGGCAGUGGUCACGGCGCUCUCCGCAGAUCGAAUUAUUACUACGAAAAAGACAUUGCGGGGAGAAGAAAACAUGGAGCCUGAAUCCCGUUUGCCCGUUGCGCUUCCGGGUCUGAUUCUAGCAACAACCGGCUUGUGGACCUUCGGCUUCUGUGCACAGAGUCCUAAUCCACAUAUGUGGAUCGGGAUGCAGUUUGGCCUAGGAAUGCUAUCCUUUGGGCUCAUGCAGGCACCAUCUAUUGGUUUCAAUUAUCUUAUCGACUCCUAUGGCAGCCUUUCGGCGGAUUGUUUUGUUGUCGUGACGUGCAUGCGAGCGAUCAUCAGCUUCUGUUGGACAUUCUUCGCGAGUCAAUGGGUUGACAGUGCUGGUCCCGCCAUUCCAUUCGGUGUCUUCGGAGGUCUGAUGGGGCUCUUCACUUUGUUCACAAUCCCACAGUGGCUGUGGGGAAAGAGGACGAGAAUUGCAACAGCCAGUUGGAUACCAAAGUGA